ACAUUAUCAUAAGACGUACAUGAGCCAAACAGCCCAAAAAUAACCAAGUAACCCAACAAAACAACCAUGCAUGUCUUAGUACUGUCAAUUAUAGUACUACUACUCUCGACAAUAAUUCCAACAUGGUCUAUAACACCAAUGACCAUGUUUACUGCCCCGAACAUCACCAAACUCGGUUGCCCGCGCAAGUGCGGCAACCUCACCGUCCCCUACCCAUUCGGGGUCGGCUUGGCGUCCGGCUGCUCGAGAGGUGUGUGGUACGACAUCUUUUGUAUGACUUCUUUCGAUCCUCCGAAAGCGUUUCUAGCAGCAGCUCAUGAUAAAGGUCGAAAUGCGAUGGAGAUCCUCGACAUAUCUGAAUCUCACAUUCGUCUUAAGAACCAAGUUAGUUAUAAGUGUUUCAACUCAACGGCUACAACAUCCCCUUUUUUUUCGGACUCCACUAGCUUCAACCUCUUCACGGCUCGUGCUCCCUACACUGUGUCAGCCUCUGCAAACAGGCUAUUCGCUGUGGGGUGCCAUGACUUCUCCCACUUCUCUGGAAGCUCUGAAGCCACUCGCAUAAUGACCUCCAGCAAUGGAGGUACCUCAUGCACAAGCAAUUGCAGCUCCGACGCCAAGGACGUGGUCGCUGGGCAAUGUGAGGGCGUAGGAUGUUGCCAAGCAGCUAUUCCUAGAGGAUUAAGGUCUUAUUCGGUUAGUCUUGAUCUCAAAAGUAAUCACACAACAACCACAUCUUACAACCCUUGUGGGUAUACAUUUGUGGCAGAUAGAGAAAGUUUCAAAUUUCACGGGAUUUCAGAUCUCGAUGACCCCAAUUUUAUAAAUAGGACAAUGUAUGAAGCUCCAUUGGUGCUAGAUUGGGUGAUACCCAAUACUACAUGCGCCAAUGCUCGGCGUGAUCUCGAAACUUACGCGUGUAAGGAGAACACUACUUGUGUUGAUGCGGCCGAUAGUGGCAUCGGAGGGUAUCGUUGCAGUUGUCGUCCAGGCUAUGAGGGCCAUCCUUAUCUUUCUCCUGGUUGCUCAGAUAUAAAUGAAUGUGCUGAUGUAGAUAAAAGUCCGUGCUCCAUGAUAUGCACAAAUACUCCAGGAAACUACACUUGUUCUUGCCCGUCUGGAUAUACCGGUGACGGUAGAAAAGAUGGAACGAAAUGCCAGAGACCAUUUCCUGUUUUGCAGGUUGGAUUAGGUGUUGGAUUUGGCUCCUUAUUUUUACUCAUUACUGGAAGUUGGCUAUGCUUGGCAAGUAGAAGAAGAAGGUUAAUGCAAAUGAAAGAGAUGUUCUUCCAAAGAAAUGGAGGUUCAUUGUUGAAGCAACUAAUCAACCCCAGCAAACAAGAUAACAUGGAGCAAAUAAAGGUAUAUACUAUUGAUGAAUUGAAGGUCGCCACCAUGAAUUUCAAGGAUGAAAGAAUCGUUGGUCGAGGUGGUUAUGGUACAGUUUACAAAGGAUUUUUAGCAAAUAAUGAAAUUGUUGCGGUUAAGAGAUCAAAGUUCGUGGAUGAGGAUCAAAUUGAACAAUUUAUUAACGAGUUGAUCCUUCUUGGACGAAUAAGACACCCAAACGUGGUACGACUUCUAGGAUGUUGUCUCGAGGUAGAAGUGCCAUUACUAGUGUAUGAGUUUAUCUCCAAUGGCACACUAUAUGAUCAAAUUCAUAAUCGAAAUGGCGCUUCUUGGUAUUCAUGGAGCAAUUGUUUGCGGAUCUCCAUGGAUUCGGCUAAUGCUCUAGCACAUAUUCAUACGGUACCCAUAUUUCAUCGAGACAUUAAGUCCCAAAACAUUUUACUAGACGAUAGUUAUACGGCAAAAAUAUCUGAUUUUGGAGCUUCAAGAUUGAUUCCGUUACAUGAAACUCAUUUGUCCACGGUGGUCCAAGGUACACUAGGAUAUCUUGAUCCAGAAUACUUUUUUUCAAGUCAAUUGACGGAGAAAAGUGAUGUGUAUAGCUUUGGCGUAGUUUUGGCCGAGCUCUUGACAAGGACAAAGCCAAUUUUGCCGGAGAGGCUAACUGAAGAGCAUAAUCAAAAUUUGGCAACAUACUUUGUCAAGUCUAUGCAACAAGAUAAUAUAAUCAAAAUUCUAGAUUCUCAAUUGGUUGCAGAAGCAACUAAAGAGCAACUCACCUCGAUUGCUAAGCUUGUAGUGCGAUGCUUAAGUCUUCAAGGUAAUGAUAGGCCAACAAUGAAAGAAGUGGCGACGGGUCUUGAAAAAUUAUGGGAGCAAACGACGUACUUGUCGCCGAGAAAGAGGUAG